AAACAACUAGACCGUUUUUGUGUGUGUAGUUUACAAAAAGUUAUAUCUAUUAUUUAUUUAUUAGUUUAACAAAUUAUAAUGUUUAUCAAUAAGUUCAAGCGCUGCUUAAAAGGCCUACGAAAAACUGGUCGUAUAUUAUUUAAUAUACACCGCAAACACAUAAGCGACAGAGUUUUAUACACGUGUAUUAUCUGUUUCAUACAGAUGUCAUAUCCAUAUUGCCAAUUAAUCAAAUCCGGCGGCCUAUUUAUACAACACCUAAACAAACGGUGGACAAUGAUGUUGGCACUGGUGCUAAUGUCGGCGGCUGUCAUAACAAUCCCAUACUCGGCACACAUACCCCAACUGUACGCCUGUUUCUGGGCGUUUGGGUUCGGCUCCGGUGUAUACGUGAACGUGAAGUACGUUUGGCUGAUCGACAUGUGGCAGGAGUCGAGCGCACCUAUACUUCAUUUGGCGGGCUUUAUGUUUGGCAUCGGACACACGUUCGGCCCAUUCAUUGAGAAACCCUACCUCACGGGUGACCAGUUUGCAGGGCUCACC